AUGGGAAUAAUUAGUUUGUUUGUGUCGUUGUGGUUGGUAAAUCUGGGAGCCGUAGAUGCCCUUGUAGAAUACUCAUCACAAAAUGCAACUGGAGAAGCGCUCAUCUCAUGUCUGAGUGGAAAUGGUAUCCAAAAUGUGACGUUCAAAAGCUCGUCUUCAUCAGGCAACUACUACUCGCUGCUCGAAUUCUCUUUGCAGAAUCUGCGCUUUGCGGAAGCAAGCGUGCCGAAGCCAUACGCUUUGAUUGUCCCGGAGAACAGAGACCAACUGCACAAGUCAGUGCAGUGCUCCAUACAACACGGCUGGCAGAUUGUGAUGCGCAGUGGAGGACACAGCUAUGAGGGUCUCUCCUCCACUUCUCAGGCCCCCAAUUUCGUCAUAAUCGAUGUCAUGAAAUUAGAAAGUGUUGAGGUAGAUAUGAAAUCAAAGACGGCUUGGGUGGAGUCCGGUGCAACUUUGGGUCAACUCUACUCCGCCAUCGCAAACAAGACUUCACGCUACGGUUUCCCUGCUGGAGUCUGCCCGACAAUAGGCGUAGGCGGACAUAUGAGUGGAGGUGGGCUUGGGCUACUCACAAGGAAAUAUGGUAUCUCUGCAGACCAUGUUAUAAAUACCCUCCUUGUGGACGCCGAUGGCAGAUUGGUGGACAGAAAAGGCAUGGGGGAAGAUGUUUUCUGGGCCCUCCGAGGCGGCGGGGGAGGAGGCUGGGGUGUGGUUGUGGCCUGGCAGAUAAGGCUUGUCAAAGUCCCUCCCAAAAUCACUGCGUUCAAUGUCUACAGAACGGGAAGCGAUAACGUGACAAAGCUUCUGGAACGAUGGCAAACUGUUGCACCUUUUGCCCACGAGGAUCUGUAUAUCCGUGUCUUUGUGUUCGGAGGCAGUCCUAUUAAUCUUACAUUCAAUGGAAUGUAUUUGGGUUCAUUAUCUCACCUCCUCAAACUUGUAAAUGAGAUCUUUCCUGAGAUGGGUAUGGUCGCCGCCGAUUGUAACGAGACAGAUUGGAUCGGCUCUGUCAUCUACACUGCGGUGUCCAACGGAUAUUCAGCCGAUCUCCGGAACAGAUAUCUUCCCAGUAAAAGCUACUUCAAAAAUAAGUCUGAUUUUGUAACAAGCCGUAUCUCUGCAUCAGGCCUGCAAGGAGCAUGGAAGAUUAUGGAACAGAAGCCCGGCAGCAUCAUGAUAUGGGCUCCCAUGGGAGGCAUAAUGAAUCGGAUACCCUCCAAUCGGGUUCCCUUCCCGCAUCGAGCAGGGUAUUUAUAUGAAAUACAGUAUAUACUCAACUGGGACGACGCUACCGACGAUGCAGUGUAUGUGGCUUGGAUGCGAAUGUUUCACGAAUACAUGACUCCUUAUGUUUCCAAAUCUCCCAGAGCUGCUUACCUCAACUACGUAGACCUUGACUUGGGUCAUGCAUCUGUUAAUGGAACGUCCACCGUAGAACAGGCAAAAUCGUGGGGUGAAAUGUAUUUUGGUGGGAAUUUCCUCAAGCUGGUGCAUGUCAAGACUAAAUUUGACCCCAACAAUAUUUUCAAGAAUGCUCAGAGCAUUCCCCCACUCAGUCGCAUUUGA